CGAGGUUUAUCCGUCAUGCGGGUUAACGUGAACACAGUCAAUAGAUGGCAGUGUGAGCCAGAGUCAGACACGUCCUGGCUGCCUUUACUAUCUGCCUCUCACACGUCCUGGCUGCCAUUACUGCCUCCCACACCCGCAUGUUUUCUCUUCACUGUUGUUUGUGUACAUAACAGCAACUAUUGCUUCCUCUGGCUCAGCACAAUGUCCAACAAGUACCCAGUUCAAGUCAGGAUGAGAGAGAUGUCUAAACAGGAAGAGAUCUUGCUGAAGAGGAAGCGUGAGAUAGAGAGGAAGAUGAAGGAAGCCCAGCAAGCUGCUGAUGGCAGUAAAGCCAAGAAAACAAACCCUCCAUUACCCAAGAAACCUCCAGGAAGUAUAUCGCACUCUUCUAGUCCUAGUGUAGCAGCAGUGCCUCAGGUGCCCAAUAGAUUUAGCAAUGAUGGUAGCUUUUUUGAACAGUUCAAGAAGUUGGCUGAAAAGCAAACAGAUGUAAAAGUGGAGACUCCAUACUCUACAGACAAGUGCAAAUCCUCACGACCAGUUACAAACAAACUGAAAGCCUUUAACCAAAUUCCUCCACCAAGAACCUUGAAUCCUGCCCAUUCAGUGUUACAGGGACAAGAUUACACGUCCUUCUCCAGUCUAGAUGUUGAAAAGGUUAAGACAGAAUUUGAAUUUAAAGAAGAGAGUUCAAAUCAGGGAAGGAAAGAAGAACAGCCUGAUUGGUUCAAGGAGGCACUUAAAAGAGCUCAAGCAAAAGCAAAACAGCUGUCUGCAGUAGCCCCUCCUGUUUCUCUCUCAGCUGGUUCCAGUGAUGAUGAUUCGAGCAAGAGUCAAGAUUCUGUUGAGCAUCAGACCAAGAGACGCAAAAGCCGCUGGGGAAACUCGUCUACCCCGGAGGCCAUACAGCUGAAAUUGCCAGUCCAAGUGCCGCCAAACCCAACCACUCCAUUGAGCCUGAACGUGCCGGAUAAUCUGAUGGGUAUGGUGGGUGAAGGAGAGCACAUAGCAGCUAUUCAUGGUGUUAUGGUUACUCACCUAACAAGGAACACACCUGCCAUAAUUGCUUAUGCUAAAAGGGUAUUUGACUCUACGGAUCUGACAGAAGCACAGUGGAAGCAGUGUGAAGAUCAAAUGAAGAUGAAUGUAGUAUUUCAGCUUCUUCAAGCUAAGAAGAGGGAAACUGAGCGUUUGGAGCAACAAGGAAAAGUGAAAUAUGAAUAUGAUUCUGAUGAGGACAUUGAAGGUGGUACCUGGGAACACAAGAGGAGAGCGAAAGAAAUGCAGGAGACGCAUGCAAAAGCAGCAGAGCUUACAAACCUGGCGGAGGGAAAACAUCAUAUUGGAGACUUUCUGCCUCCAGAUGAAUUAGCAAGAUUUAUGGAAAAGUAUCGAGCAAUAAAAGAGGGUCGGGAUCCUGAUCUCUCAGACUAUCAGCAACACAAACUUACUGAAGAUAAUGUUGGCUACAGAAUGUUGAAGAGCAUGGGAUGGACAGAGGGAAUGGGUCUUGGUGCAGAAGGCAAAGGCAUAACAGCACCCGUUAACCAGAAUGGUCGUUCAGAGAGCCAGGGUUUAGGUGUUGAGAGACCCGAAAAUCUGCAGGAAGAGGAUGAUGAGUAUGAUGCAUACAGAAAACGUAUGAUGCUAGCAUAUCGUUUCCGGCCAAAUCCUCUAAACAAUCCUAGACGAGCAUAUUACUAAGGAAGAUGUCAAUAGUAGAAGCAACAUUUAUGACAGGAUAUGGAUAUUCCUUCCAUAAGCAAGUUUCAAAUCAUACAGGUGGUGAUAGCCAAAGAUACAAUACAGUACAUUUCUGUCACUGUGAUGAAUAUGUUAGCAUUAAAAUUGUGGUGUUUUCACAAUUUAUCUUUUUUCAAUAAUUUCUUUUCCAAGUCAACACUGAAGAUCAACAGCUUUAUCACAUUUAAAUUUUU